GCAAUUGACAGACAAAUUGAUUCAACCAGCUGUGUGAUUCAAGAAAUUUGCGUCUUAUUUGUAUAAGUUUCAAAUUGUCUAAUUAGUUUUUAUUUACUAUUAUAUAUAAUCGCAGCUUUUUGUGUGGUUGCUAAAAAAAGUGGUGGAAAUGGCAUAUGCUUAUUUAUUCAAAUACAUCAUCAUCGGUGACACAGGUGUGGGCAAAUCAUGCCUACUUUUGCAGUUCACUGACAAAAGAUUUCAACCAGUGCAUGAUCUUACUAUUGGUGUAGAAUUUGGUGCUCGUAUGAUCACCAUUGAUGGCAAGCAAAUUAAACUUCAAAUAUGGGACACUGCAGGACAAGAAGCUUUCAGGUCAAUCACACGAUCAUACUAUCGGGGUGCAGCAGGUGCACUUCUUGUGUAUGAUAUUACCAGAAGGGAUACCUUCAACCAUCUCACUACUUGGCUUGAAGAUGCACGCCAACACUCAAAUUCAAAUAUGGUCAUAAUGUUGAUUGGGAAUAAAAGUGAUCUGGAGUCUCGUCGUGAAGUGAAGAAGGAGGAAGGUGAGGCUUUCGCACGGGAACACGGGCUUGUAUUCAUGGAGACUUCGGCCAAGACUGCCGCCAAUGUUGAAGAGGCCUUUAUCAAUACUGCGAAAGAAAUCUAUGAGAAAAUUCAAGAGGGUGUAUUCGACAUUAACAAUGAGGCAAACGGUAUAAAGAUUGGGCCGCAGCAUUCCGCAGCUGGAGGUGCGGGUGGAGCGGGCGGCGCGGGGGCGGGGGGCGCGGCGGGCGGUGGGUGUUGUUAGGCUCUGCACUGCACACACUGAGGCGGACCGCCUAGCUACACGCGACGGCUGAGGAGCGAAGCAGAUGUGUGCAACGAAAAUUGGUACGAAGAUUGAAACUUAAAUGUACGCCGGAUCACUAGAUUUAUUUUAUAUGCUGAUUGCUUGUGUUUUAACAACUCAUUACUUUAAGUCUCUCGGAUAUGCUGUUAUUGUGGUUACAAUCAUUCUCAAUGAGGGUUGCAUUGUGGUAAUAGUGAUAAUGUAAGUUUUUCUGUUUUUUUUUUUUUUUAACCAAGCGACAUUGAAAAGCGUGCUAACUUUACUGACAUCAAUUUUCUGUUCAACCUGUAUUGUAGACAGUGGCGUAGCGUGGGUGUCUGCUGCCCGGGGCGAGAAACAAUUUUGAUGCCCCUCUUAAUUAGGUAUUUUAUAUAAUUAUACAAUACACUAUUGGUCAGUUUCACAAACGUCUAUUAAGGUUUAAUGACGCCCUUAAACUCUAAUGAAUGUCAAAUUUGCAAUUGUAAUGCCGCUUAAAAAAAUGAAAACUUUAAUGGACGUUUGUGCAACUGGCUGUAUAUGCAUUAAUCUUAAAGAAUUUUACGGCAAGAACUGUCAUCAUUAUUUUGCAGUCAAAAUCUAACUUGUAGGUUAGACAGUUGGUCGAGUGGUUAAGUUGUCGCCAUGCAACUACCCACGUAUCGAGUUUUGUGGUUCGAUCCCCACAAUGGACAAUUUAUCGUGAUUUUUAAUAUUUUAGUCUGGGUGUACUUCGCAACAGGACUUGUAUUCUAAAAAGAGGGCUUGUCUUUUAAAAAACAAAAAAGAUUUCAAAUAAAAAAAAUGAACUAAACAACUGAAGAUCCAUUAAUAAAACUUUCUUUGAAUUGUCAAAGCAUCACUAUCUUUCUUACUUAGGGACGUAAUAAACAAUAUUGAACUUAAUAUAUAUGUAAUAGAAGUCUUUUUUGCUGAUAUGCUUGCUGAUGCAGUGAUAAACAAUUCAAGCCCAAAAUAAAAUAAGGGGAAUCCUCGUUUACUGUGAAAUUCGCCCCCACCCCCAACCGCUACGCCACUGAUCGUAGAUACGUCAAAUUAAUAUAAAAUGUUACACAGGGUGCGUCGUAUGAAUUCUGACGUUGACAUUAGCAAACGAUGACGUAAAUUUUAAUAUAGAAACUGGCACAACGCCCCUAGCGAUAUUUUAAAAACUGAAAUUCUAAACAAUUUUUGACGUGAUUAUUAUUAGCAAGCAACAUCGACCGAUGAAACUCAUAUUUACCACCCUACUCUUUACUAUCUUAAGAGGCUCAACGGAUUAAGCUAGCAGGACACUACUAUGGCUCUAUUUUAUAUAAUACCGUAUUUUCUAUUUAAUUACAGAGACUAUGGUUAACUGCAUUUCUCGUCCUACUAGUCUCAAUAGCUCACUUCACAUACACAAGACUGUGGUUCUUGUUACAGUAAAACGUUGUUUUAACUCUUGUAUUCGCAUAGAAAGGUUGAACAUUAUGCUUUGAAAAACUAGGGAUGCAUCUAAAAGCGCUACGCCCGAUACGAUAUCUAUCGAUAUUUAUAAAAAGAAUCGCCGAUACUCCCAGCCAAGAUUAAAGAAAGCUCGAAUUGUUUAAAAAAUAAAAUACUAACAAAUAAAAAUUGUUGCACAACAAGCAACUAGCGGAAUCGGCUAUGAAGCAGACGUUCAGAUGGGUUAUUUAGCGUAGAAAAUUUGUGUCGAUGUAUCAUAAAAUUAAUAUCGUUGAUUCCGAUAUAUCGGAAAACUCGCAAUAUAGUCGAUAUAUCAGUAUCGGAUGCGCAUCUCUAGAAAGAACAUCCGAAGAAGUCUUCCGCUAGAAUGAAUGAUAAACGAACGCCGGCGAAGUCACUUACAGUGAUAGGGCUAAAAGGUCUUCUGAUUUUUCAUAUUCAACCAAUUUGGUUGAAUAUGAAUAAUCAGAAGACACUGCUUCUGAAGCACACAUAAUCUCAGAUCCUACAUUACAGCAUAAUGGAACUUGCAUUAUCUUGUUUUUUUUUCUAAUUACGCAAAAAAUAGUGGUAAUUAAAAAGUAUACUUUACAAAAUAUUUUACUUUCAUAGUAGUUGAGAACCAAUAUGUAUAUUUUUUUAUUUUAAAUAAAUUAAACUUUUAAAUAAAGUGUAAUUUCUGAAACAUCGACGUAUUAGUUUAAUCUACUAAUAGCUACAUUUUGUCAAAAAUCCCCAUGAAUAUAAGAGAUAUGACGUCGUUACGUGACGAUUCAUGAGAAGUAUUAAUUAAUAAAAGUACUAAAAAUAAUGCCAGAAGUUAGUAAUAUAUGUAAAGUAAGUGGAAAUCAAAAUGGACCAAAGGCAGUGUUUUUUUUUUAAUCUUAGGACAAAUAAAAUCUACAUAAAGAACUUCAACUAGACGAUCACUCUAUUGACUUUCAAAACAUCAGAAAAAGAAACGGGAAUUUGAAAUUAUAAUAUAAAAAUCAUAUAAAUCUUUGAAACACAGUAUUUUACAACUUUCUUUAUUAAAUUAUAUUUGGAAUUCCUUAAGAGUUCAAAUAAAAGUUUCCUAUUAUGGCUUCAGCAUAUUUAAUUAACUAGUUAUUUACGAGAGACAAUUUGCCUGUAUUUAAUCUAGGAUGAAAGUAGUCUUAAUAUUUCACAAAAACGACAUUAUCCAUCAACUGUAUAAUAUAAGUAAAAGUUCAAGUUGAUUACCGUAUUUGAACAAGAAACAUAAAUUGUAACAAUUUAUUACCAUAAUGAAAAAGACAUUAGUACUGUCAUCAGCACGUCAGGUUAUAUAAACUAUAAAAUAUCUCUACUUUAUUUUAAACUUUAUUACAUUCUGGGUAGAGUACAAAAUCGACUGCAGAAUUUGACAAAUUGUGUAAAGUACAUAAUAUUUUUAUUUUUAUGAAUGACAGUAUUCUACAACUUGCGUUAUUAAAUUAUAUUUGAUUGCUUAUGUUCUAAAUACAUGUUUCCUAUUACGGCUUCAGCGUAUUUAAUUAUUCUAAUUAAUUAACAAGAUGAUUUCCUGUAUUUCUUCUAGGAUGUAAUGAGUAUUAAUGUUUCACAAAAACAACAGUACCCAUAGUUAAAUGUAUAUUAUAAGCGUAAGUUCAGAACGAUUAUAGUUUGAACAAAUAACAUGAAUUGAAAAAAAUAUUACCUUAAUAAAAAAAUGUAAAAUAGCUUAUCCUUUCAUAGUAAACCUUAACUAAAUACAUACUUUCAUAUGAAAUUCCAACCAAAUUUACAUGUAUAAUGGUAGUAACUUUGUAUGUUUUGUGUGUUGGUGUAUAUAUUAUUUGAAAAUAUGUCAAGGUUUCAUAAUAUUAAUCUGGCAUUUAAAAUAGUUAUUUAUUCUACUAGGGGAGUAAAGGCUUACUUAACCAACGCAGUGUCUUAAACUACACGAAUUAAGUAAGUAAUCAAUACUUACCUUAAAUUAUAUUUAUACUACACUUGCAAGGCGUAAACGUGAAAUCAGUCUUAUUUUUGUUUAAUCUUUGCAAAACGUGGUGAUUCUGCAUCAGUCAUAGUCAGUCAGUCAUU